AUGUACUGGGAAGAUCAUGUUAGAAUUCUUUUUACUGUGACUCUGGUUUGGCAGACUGUUCAUAUAGGAAAAGGCUGUGAAAAAGAAAAAAAUGAAGAAGAUGUAAAAAGUCUAAAUGCCACAGCACAAAAGCCUCAAUCCAAGAACGAAGGGACUGUUAUAAACGCACUCAGUGACAUGAAUCAAAGUUAUGAAAGCCGAAAGCAACAGAAUUCCAGGGCACUGGUACCUUUCACUGGGAUUACAGAGAGUAAAAAACUGAACAGAAACUGCUGCCACAACGGAGGGACCUGUAUCCUAGGAGCUUUCUGCGCCUGCCUGAAGCAUUUCACUGGCAGAUACUGUGAACAUGAUGAGCGCAACUGCGGCAGCAUUGCUCACGGCGCCUGGAUCCUGAAGGGCUGUUGGCUGUGUCGGUGUGGCUACGGUACUCUGAACUGUCUCUCAGAAAUAAUGCACGGCAACUGUGAACUGAAAUCAGAAAGGGAGGAAAUUACCAGACUAUAUUCCAAUGGCCUAAGAUUACAGCAAACAUCAUUUGCGCUCGCUUGCAUCCUCACGGCCUUCCUACAGCUCUGCUGCUGGCAACUGUGA